AUGCUACUCCUCAUCGCCGGUACCUACAUCAGCUCGCUAAUUGGGGUAACGUUGGCAUUUGCCUUACCGACUCCUGACAACAAUGCCCUGGUCACCAAGUCCGAAAAUCAGAUUACAUCGAUCACUAUCCCUCCCUCCAAUACAACCAAUAACUACGGUGAAACCUUGAAACUCGAUUUCGACGCGCCUAUUGAUCCAGGGGUUGUUGAUGAGUCCCUCAAAAGCUUAUUCAAAUCAGAAGAAUCGACCCUCGUUCGCAGACUUGGCCCUACCUACUUCUCUUGCGAAGGAAGUGCGGACUACUCCGAUUCCAACGGCAAAUUAUCAUUGCAAUAUACUUGCAGCAGCAAGUACUAUCUCGCUUGGGGAUUUCGCAUCUCUGCACCGGUACAGAAAAUCAUCGCUGGACUUGUGAGUGAACGUGGCUUGGCAUGGUGGAGGAAUGGAAUAAAAAUGCCCAUGAAUGCACCUCACCCCCUCGUCAGCAAAAACUACAUCUUUCACGGAACAAUGACCGGGGCAAAUCCGGAUACCAUUGUAGAAUACAAUGAUUACAUCACUUUCCGCCACAACAUUGGCCCAGGAGGUAGUGGAAGCAUUUACUGGCAAGGAAAGGUUCAUAUGCUGCAUUGA